CAACAGUCAGUAUACAACAGUUGAACGUGAAUACUCGUCCGUAAAAGGUGUGCCUGGGCUAACGACGGAAAAGUUAACCAAACGAUCAAACGGAUUGUUAAGUGUUUUUCUUUGUUGCUUGUGGACGUCAAGAAGACGUGAAAAGUACAAUAGCAACAACUAAAUCAAAAAGAUACCGAGCAACAUGUAAAUCCUUCUGCAAGCGAAAGUCAGUCGACCUAAAUUUUUUUGUAAAUCUAGCCGUAUGCUUCAUAUUAGUUUACUACUUACCGCAUAGUUCAAAUGUUGAUCACAAAGCUGCCUUUCACAAAUUGUUGACUGCAAGGCGACAACAACGAAUCUUCCCGAUUUUUCUUCAUGUGAAAAACAUAUCUCCUCACCAAACCACAAAUAGCAAUAAUGGGCAACUGCAGCAAUUGUUUUAGUAAAUCACAAAAACUGCCAGACGAUGUCAAUGAUGGACUCGAAACAUUGGCGGAAUAUCAGAGUCGUUGGCGUUCGGUGCGCGUUAUCUACUUCACAAUGUUCCUGAUGUCACUUGGUUUCAGUAUUAUACUUACGGGCAUAUGGCCCUACUUAAAUAAGCUAGAUCCACAUGCAGGCAAAGAGUUCAUGGGCCUCAUUGUUGCCGCUAAUCCUUUGGGUCAGAUGAUUUUCAGUCCGCUCUUCGGGUGGUGGAGCAAUAAAAUAGCUUCGAUACGCUUACCGUUACUAUGCUCCUUAGCGCUAUUCACAUUUGCAAGCGGUCUCUAUUCCGCGCUGGAAAUGCGUCCCGAUAAUGUUAAGUACUGGAUGUUGACCGCACGGUUUUUGAUCGGCGUCAGUUCGGCAAAUAUUGCUGUUUGUCGUUCGUAUUUGUCUGCUGCAACACGUCUCAGUGAACGCACGAAAGCAGUUUCGAUGGUCUCAUUAGCUCAGGUAUUGGGCUUUAUUGUGGGUCCGGGCCUACAAACUGCCGUUACGCCAUUAGGCAAUACCGGCUAUACCUUUUUCUGGGGUGCUCUGGUCUUCAACAUGUACACGGCAUGUGGUUGGAUAAAUGUUAUAAUGAGCAUCGGAAACUUUAUCAUGUUUCUGCCGGGACUAUUUGAGGAGCACAAGAUAGCCGCACGCGAAAUCAUGAUAAGGCAGGGCAAAAGUUCGGAGCGUGAAACGUGGAAGGCCAUUAAACCGGACUACGUGUCGGCGUGGACUUUAAUUAUGGCAUUCUUCGUGUUGGUCUUCAACUUUGUGCUGCUCGAAACACUCGGCACAUCGCUCACCAUGGAUCAAUUCGCAUGGAGUAAUCAUGAUGCGCUCUAUUAUAUGGGCCUACUGAUGUCAGUGGGCGCCAUUGUUGCACUCGUCACGUUUGUUGCCAUCAAUCCACUUUGCAAAAUCUUCCCCGAACAUUAUGUACUCAUCUGGGGUGGUUUUUCGUUGAUGGUACUGGGUCGCGUGCUGUACAUACCUUGGGGUGAUGGACCACCUAUUACUGCAGAAGUCUACAAUGUGACAAUACCACUUACGGGCAAUGCUACAAUAGAUCUCGGUCCGAAUGAUGAAAUUUUUCUCGGUUGUCCCAAAACUCAACCUUGGUGUGAACGUACACCGGCGUUGACGCUCACACAAUUUAUAAUCGGCUAUGCAUUCACAUCGAUUGGCUAUCCAAUUGGUGUGACGUUGAUACAAACGAUUUUCUCCAAGGUUUUGGGACCACGACCGCAAGGCGUAUGGAUGGGUCUGAUGACCGGUGCAGGGUGUUUAUCGCGUGUUUUGGGACCUGUUUUCGUUGGUGUGAUUUACACACGUUAUGGUACUUACUGGACCUUCGGUUUUACGUCGGUGAUGAUGUUCGCGGCGAUGAUAUGGUUGCUGUUAUCAAAAAAUCGUUUAAUACCACCGAACUUUGAUAAUUCGUUGGACGCUGAAAUGCAAACACCAAGUACAAACAAAGUGCCACUCCCACCUAGCGACGGCGACUACAAAGUGGUGCCACAAAAUGACGAAGUAGCGUCCGCGCUGGCAGAUAGCGUGGAAGCUUUGGAUACUGCACUUAAUACAGCUCUUUGUUCGGACAAAAAUAACAUCACUAUAGUUGUGACUGAAAAGUGAUUCGUAUACAUAUUUACUAUAUCAGAUGUACCUCCAAGUAGUUGCGAUUUUAUGUGUGCUAAGUUUAGGGUUACUAAGCAUGCAGUAGUUGUUGGUUUACAGGGCGAAGUAGGGUAGAUGAGACACAUCUGUUUAUACCAGUGGUGCCAAAUUGGUCAUACAAUUUUAUUUUACUUUUUUACUAAAUAAAACAAAAAAUGAUUUAAGUGAUGGAUUUCUUUAUUUGGACCUUUACGCGCUCCAUUGCUUGGCUGUUUUUAUAAUACAGCUGUCACAAGUGGGCAAUAUGAGUGACGUACGAAAAAUAUUAUAAAUCUUCCGAUUAGAGUGAUUAAUUUUGCGCCACCUUGUGGUAGGAAAGAAAAGACUUAAAAUGUUUGUACAUAAUAUUAAAACGAGUGUGUAUCUUAUUAAAAGUUUUCUAUACAAUAUUUAAUUAUGAAAAUAUAUUGCCAUUAUUUACUUUAAAUGUGUUUUGUAUACUUUAUACGUAUUGUACUUACAAAUAAAAAUAAAAAUUUAAAAUAAA